ACCCACUCAACUUUUUUGAUUGUUAUAGGGCUCUCAUGCAAGCAGCUAUAAUUUCCUGUAUUGUGGUUCCGGAACAUUUUAGAAGAGAGUGAUUUUUUACUGCUUCUGGUUCAUAGUAUACAGUUGUCUUUGUCUUAUCAUCAGAUGAUUCAAGAACAUGGUUUACAUACACAUUUUCCCCUUUUUAUUUUAAAUUCCAUCCUAUACAAUAUCUUGGAUUCUCUAGUCUCCAGCUCAGUUCCAUGAUGCAAUACCAUUUUUCUUGAACAAGAACAUUUUCUAUCUUACUUGGAUCGACCUUGGAACAGCAUUUCUCAUGGCAGCUUUUCGAACCACUAUGUGGUGGUUGUUUUCUGGAAUCUUAGGAAUUAUAUGCCUUUUGUUGGUGGCUGUCUUGGGAAUUUUGUUGAAAAAUAUAUUGCAUAAACAAAGUAUUCAAUCAACAACUUCUCCAGGACCCACCAUGGAACUCCAAAAAGAUACUGACUGUUGUUUUUGCCAAGAAAGGUGGAUUGGGUACAAAUACAGCUGUUACUACAUUUCUAAUGAAUUAAAAACUUGGAAAGAGAGUAGUCACUUCUGUUCAUCUCAGAAUUCCACUUUACUUCAUCUGCUCAGUGAACAGGAAUUGAAUUUUAUGAAGAAUAAUGCACGAUUUUACUGGAUUGGAAUUUUCUACAGUAUAGACCAUAACACCUGGCUUUGGGAGAAUGGCUCUGCUUUCCCCCCACAUCUGUUUUCAUUCUCUCAUACUAAAACUGGCAACUGUAUAGUAUAUAGUCCAAGAGCUGGUGUUUGGCGUGAGUCUUGUUUAAGUAAAAAUCGGUACAUCUGUAAGAAGGAUCUUGCUUAAGGAGUUCUUGGGAAGAGAUGCCAGUGGAACUCCAUCUUAGAAUAAUAUCUUUACAUCUCACAUUAUUAUUAAUAAUCUGCUUCUGAGACAUGUAAAUUGUUUUGCACUGUGAUUUUUGUGUAUUUGA